UGGACUGUGGACACAAAGUUCAAAUCGACCGACACUGAUACAUAACAUACAUCAAUCUUGCUCUUUGCUUGCUUUGAUUUCUUUAGACAUUAUAUUAUUAUUAUCUGUGCUUUGCUUGUUUCGCGGAUUGCUUGUGAAAAUAAGAAAGUUCUGCUGUUUUAAAUUUUAAUUAAAUUAUAACAUAAUAUAACUUAGUGUGAAAAGAAGGAUUAUUGAUGAAUGUAGUUCUAUUCUACCUAAGGGGUAUUUACAUAAGGAUACCUACCUUUUUAGGAUGUAUAUCUUUUUAUGGUGAAUUAUAAUAAUAUGUCCUUAGUCCCCACAAAAUAGCUGGUACGAUUUUAGUAAAAGCCGAUUCAUUUAAUUGGGUAUAUAGCAAUGUAAAGGAAAUCAAAAUGCUGGUGGUCUUCAUAAGAAGACAUAGAAGUAUGAUAUUAGCCAGUUUAUUCUUCUUUUAUCUUGGUUGUGGUAUUACGCUUAGUUCUCUUCGGAUGGAUUGUAAGGAUGAUGGUGCUAAAUUGAAUUACCAAGAAGAAAAUGAUUAUUAUGGCAACGUGGAAUAUGCUGUAUUAAUUUUAAGUAGCCCUAACAAUGAAGGUAAACGUGACGCUAUUAGAGCGACCUGGGCGAAAUUUGCUAGCAAUAUAUUUUUGGAUAAUGGUGAAAAACUAUACAAAUGGAACCACACGUGGAUAGGAAGGACAAAACAAACUCAAUUUAUCAAAUUUUUCUAUGUUAUUGGAACUCAUGGCUUAAGUGAAAGCAAAGAACAUAAUUUAACCAUGGAAAAUGCCAGGAGUAAAGAUCUUUUGCUUUUUUCUGACUUUGAGGAUAGCUACAAGAAUCUAGCCUCAAAGAUGGUAACAGCUAUGAAGUGGCUGAAUAAUACUUUGAAGCACUUGAAGUAUGUGAUCAAAUGCGAUGAUGAUUCUUUUGUGAGAGUUGAUUUGAUAGUCAGAGACCUCGAGGCUUAUGCACCACAUAUGAAUGGGCCUGAAAUAGAUCAGUACAUUAGUUAUAAGGAACAUUUACCUGUAUACAGAGGACUGUACUGGGGAUAUUUUGAUGGGCAUGCAAAUGUGUAUACAAGGGGUAAAUGGCAAGAGUCUUCUUGGUUCCUGUGUGACAGAUACUUGCCUUAUGCUCUUGGUGGUGGAUAUAUUGUGUCCAAAAGCAUUGUGGAUUACAUCGCAAGAAACAGUGAUGUGUUGAGACUUUACAUGGCUGAAGAUGUCUCAAUGGGCGUGUGGACAGCAGCUCUUGAUGGAAUAAACAGAGUCCACGAUGUAAGAUUUGAUACACAAUGGAAAUCCCGGGGCUGUCUUCCUCACAUGUUAGUGAGGCAUAAACAGACGCCAAAAGAUAUGUUUGACAUGUAUCGGACAUUGGUACAAUCGCAUGGUGAAAGAUUAUGCAAGACUGAUACUAUUUUAAGAAAAUCUUAUCAUUACAAAUGGGAUGUAUUACCUAGUUUAUGUUGUAAGUGAUUCAACUCUAGGUAGCUAUUUUUUUUAAAAGCUGGUGCUCUCAGUUUACAAUAUGUAACAAAAGCCUUGUCUAUCUGUAAAGGUAAGAUAAUUUCAAAAAAACACAAAUAAAUUAACGGUAUAUUAAGAAGUUAAAAAAAACUGAAUUUAAUUAGGUACUUAACAAAGAUUGUGUCUCAGGAUAAAAAAAAUCGGCAAGUGUAUGUAAUAGUUUUCCAUGUCAGUAAUGUCUAAAAUGCAACUUUUUUAUAUGGAAUUUUUAUUAUUAAUUUUUUGGGGAGAAACUGAUUAAUAGAAAAGGGAUUUCAUUAUGUAUUGUAUAAUGGAUAGUCUUCCAUUUAAUGCUUGAGGUAAGGUCUGUUUAUAUAGUUUUCCAACAUGGAAAAUAAGUUACAUGCAAAGACUAUUAUUAGAAUAAUAACAAACAUGAACAAAUUUUAACAAAUUUUCUAGUCAAAUAAUUAUCAUAGAAACAAACUUGUCUUGCUUCUGUUUAAAACAACAGGUUUUUAUUUUA